CGCAGUUUAUGUAUCGGCUUUAGUUUAUUUAUACACAGUGCAGUAUUAACAUGAGUUUCAACGACAAAGUGGUUCUGGUCACCGGCGGCAGUUCUGGCAUCGGAGCAGCCAUCGCCAUCAAGUUUGCACAGGAGGGCGCCAAAGUCGCCAUCGUGGGGAGAAACCAAGACAAACUGAAGAAUACAGCCAACAAAUGCGGAAACCCUUUAGUGAUCGUCGCUGACGUCACAAAAGAAGACGAUGUCAAAAGGAUUGCCAGCGAAACGGUGAAACAUUUUGGGAAACUCGAUAUUCUGGUCAACAAUGCUGGCAUUUGUCCAUUUGCUAGUAUUCAAGCUGACAACGCAAUGCAGGUCUACGAUGAAAUAAUGUCUACAAACCUCCGGUCUACCGUUCUACUGACACAUCUUACCGUCCCUGAACUUGUGAAAACUAAAGGCAACAUAAUCAACAUUUCAAGUGUUGCUGCUUUCAAAGUCGCUCCAGGUCUUUUUGCGUACUGUGCGUCGAAGGCAGCUAUGGACCACUUCUCUAGAGCGAUUGCACUAGAGCUAGCUCCAAGUGGGGUUCGUGUAAAUGUAAUCAAUCCAGGACCCGUGGCGACUGACAUCGGUGCUACCAUGUUCCCAACAAAAGAGGAACAGGAAAAUUUCUUUAAAAAAGUCGUGGAUGGAACUGCUUUGGGCAGGAUAUCGGAGCCUGAGGAAAUAGCGGAUAUUGUUCUGUUUCUAGCGAGUGAUAAAGCCAGAGGCAUUACGGGCUCAAAUUAUGUUUCUGAUAAUGGAUAUUCGGUUAAAGGCGUACAAGCUUGAUUUAAUAUAUAAACUUCAUUUUAAAUAGUGUUUUGUUUAGCAUUCCUUAUCUAUAAAUAUCUGUCUCUUUAUCUGUUUUUUGUUUGCUGUGGUCUUGGUAUUCUAAAAUGUGUUCAUAAGUAUGUUAUCAUUAAUUUAUUCAUGUUUAACAGUUGUCGUGUACCUGACCAAAGUACAAAGUCUACUUCGUUUUGAAGUUGUUUGUGUAAAAAAACAUUUCGAUAUUAUUAUUCUUUGAUCAAAUACUCGUUUAUUAAUAAAGACAACUAAAUCGUCGUAAAGAAAAGGUGAAAGUGUAGAAAACAGGUAUCUAGUUGUUGAUAAAUAUUAGCUUCAGCUAUUUUAUAUGCAAUACAAAAUCGUAGAUUAAGUCACUUUGCAUUUGUAAUAUUGUCAAGGAUUAGGUUAAAUGCUUGGUUCUAAAACAACCUGUUUGGAAAACAAUUUAAAUAACUUGUCUGGAGCUACUUUAUUUGUGUAUAAACUAUUUAAUUUUUGAA